GGGUGGGGGUGUUGGGUUUGAAGAAUACAUUUUGUCACUUUCCAGAAACGACUUGUCGUAAUCAUCGCGGCACAAGCCUAUAAAUUCGUUUCUCAUUGGAAUUGGUACCAUAUCUAUCAAUCUCUCCGUUACUGUCUAGAUUUGCAGAUAACUGAGUACGAGAAAUUAAAAAUGGAGGCUUUGCUGUGUAAAAGAUUGGGGGAUCCAGUGGGAAAGAUGGACGAGAAUCCCCCGAUAGUCUUGAGCAAAAGCCAUCCAAUCCCACAACUGGAGUCCCCCACCGCGAUCAGAGUGAAAGUGAAAGCCACGAGCUUGAACUAUGCCAAUUACCUCCAGAUUUUGGGCAAAUAUCAAGAGAAGCCUCCCCUGCCUUUCAUCCCCGGUUCCGAUUACUCCGGCAUCGUGGACGCGGUCGGUCCUAAUGUCUCCCUUUUCAAGGUCGGCGACCGCGUCUGCUCAUUCGCUUCCCUUGGCUCCUUUGCUCAAUUCAUCGUCGCCGAUCAAUCCCAACUGCUUCGAGUACCUGACGGGUGUGAUCUGGUGGCUGCUGCUGCACUACCCGUCGCUUUUGGAACCUCCCAUGUUGCUCUUGUAAAUAGAGCUCGCUUGACCUCAUCUCAGGUUUUGCUGGUUCUUGGUGCUGCCGGUGGAGUUGGCCUUUCUGCUGUACAAAUUGGCAAGGUUUGCGGUGCCAUUGUUAUUGCCGUUGCUAGGGGAGCUGAAAAGAUAGAGGUUUUGAAGUCAUUGGGAGUUGAUCAUAUAGUAGACUCGAGCAAAGAAAACGUUACUGCAAGUGUCAAGAACUUCCUCAAGACAAGGAAGCUUAAAGGCAUUGAUGUUUUGUAUGAUCCUGUUGGAGGCAAGCUCACUAAAGAAGCCUUGAAGCUUUUGAAUUGGGGUGCUCAAAUUUUAGUCAUUGGGUUUGCGAGUGGGGAAAUACCUGUCAUCCCUGCUAAUAUUGCUCUAGUUAAGAACUGGACCAUACAUGGACUUUAUUGGGGUAGCUACAGAAUACAUCAACCAGUUGUUCUUGAAGAUUCUCUCAAGGAGCUACUUUCCUGGAUGGAAAAGGGCCUAAUUACGAUCCACAUUUCUCAUACAUACAGACUAUCAGAGGCCAGUCUCGCCUUUUCUGCUAUUAGAGAUAGGAAAGCUAUUGGAAAGGUGAUGAUUGCUUUUGAUGAUGAAAGAAGUGUAAGAUCUAAGCUUUAAUUGGAUCAGGAUUCAGCUGGAUUGUCAGAAUCUUCUCCUCACAACCCUUGACAACUAUAUGGUAUAAUCAGUAUAGUUUCUAUGAUCACUUCAGAAUGGUUGGCAAAGAAUAAGGAUACAAUAAACUGCGAAAUAAAGGAAUAAUCAAUUAAAUACUGCUAUAGAAUAAACUGGAACAAAGCAUAUAAUGCAGAUUGCUGCUCACAGCUCAUUUUAGAACGAUGGUUGUAAGAUGUCAAUAUUUGUAUAUUUCUUGCUCUUUAUCUGUGAGCUGUGACGAAGCUAAAUGCCAAGGACUAUGCAUUGAGCGGGUAUAUGCUUCUUAAUUUUGGUAAAAGGUGAAUUUUUCAAGCCAAAACUAUUUUCCA